GACUGAAUGGCGGAGUAUGAAGUAGAAGCUUUCUGUUUUUCUCCGAGCUCGAGUCCAACCUCCCCGAAUCAACCCUCUGAAAAACAAAAACGCGGAGCCAUUAAAUCAACAACAAAAAUUGGGGGCAGGGUGGAGUGAUGGCCAUGUUGGGCCCAGCGUCUGGUGUCCAGAGAUGAUAGAGGUGACCUCAGAGUCACCUUUAACCCCUGACCCCCACCACAACCCCUGAGAGCGAGCUGAAACUGAUCACACACACAGGCUGCAGUGGGGUCCUCUUCCAAAUGAGUCCCUCAGGCCUGAAGACUGUUUCACUGCUGCCACAGGCCUGAACAACAGCCAGUCAUGACAUCAAGCAUAGGGGAUGAUUCUAGCAUCUUCGACGGGUCGAUGGAUGAAGAUGACAAGGACAAAGCAAAACGCGUGUCUCGUAACAAGUCGGAGAAGAAGAGACGAGACCAGUUCAAUGUCCUCAUCAAGGAGCUGGGCACCAUGUUGCCUGGCAUCACACGCAAGAUGGACAAGUCCACCAUCCUGCAGAAGAGCAUCGACUUCCUGUGUAAACACAAUGAGAUCUCUGCUCAGUCUGAGUCCAGUGACAUCAGACAGGACUGGAAACCUCCGUUCCUUAGCAACGAGGAGUUCACCCAGCUCAUGCUGGAGGCUCUGGAUGGAUUCUUCAUAGUGAUAAUGACAGAUGGGAACAUCAUCUAUGUCUCUGAGAGUGUCACCUCCUUGCUGGAACACCUGCCGUCGGACCUGCAGGACCAGAACCUGUUAAACUUCCUCCCCCUGAAUGAACACUCGGAGGUGUACAAGGCUCUCUCCAAACACCCCUCCGACCCCGAGAGCCUCGGACCAGAGUACCUCAAGACCAAGAACCAGCUGGAGUUUUGUUGCCAUGUGUUGAGAGGGACCAUCGACCCUAAAGAACCUGCCGUCUACGAACACGUCAAAUUCAUCGGCAACUUCAAGUCGCUGAACGACGUCCCCAACACCACCAGGAAUGGUUUAGCAGGAGUGUUACAGAGAUCCCUACAACCUGCCUUUGAUGACCUGGUCUGCUUCGUCGCCACCGUCAGGCUGGCUAAACCACAGUUCAUCAAGGAGAUGUGUACAGUGGUGGAGCACAAUGAAGAGUUCACCUCCCGACACAGUCUGGAGUGGAAGUUCCUUUUCCUAGACCACAGGGCUCCACCAAUCAUAGGCUACCUUCCAUUUGAGGUUCUGGGGACGUCGGGGUACGACUACUAUCAUGUAGACGACCUGGGGACACUGGCCAAGUGUCACGAACACUUGAUGCAGUACGAGACUCGGGACCGGCUCCGCUAG